AAUCGAUGUGUUCUGUUUAAUGUUGACAAAACAAACCCGCAGUUUGUUUAUUUUGUUCCAAAGCCAAACAUUGAUUAAUUUUUCUCAUGCGAAAAUUAUUCAAAUAAGAUGCCCUGCUGCAUCGAAGAGUGCCCAGUUUCUAGUGUGUUCCCGCUAGUGAAGUUUCCCACCAGCCGUACCGUGCGCAAACGUUGGCGGGAUGCCAUUUUGGCCGGAACCGGCAAGAUUCCGGCGGCGCUUAUCCAUCUGCCCCCUUCGGGAGUGAGUAUCUUCGAUCCGGGAAAGCGAACACUCCCCGAUGGAAAAGACGACGAAAGUGGUGCGCUGGAGAUUUGCCUCGGACACUUUCCCGACCCGGGGAACCGGACCUACCAGGAUCCGACGGUUUACGACGAUGGCACGGGAAACCAAACGAAGCUCGCCAGUUGCCGUUUGUGUCAUAGGUUCGAACCGGCCUCGAUGAUGAUCUGCUUGGAAGGGAAACUCGGCGGCCAGUAUCUCAAUCUGGUGGUAACGCAGACCACUAGGAUUCGGUUCAAGGAAGAGGACCCCCGGACGUUGUCUAUUUGCCGCGAGUGUUUGGUGAAGGUGGAUUUGAUCCGAGCUCUUCAGGACCGGUAUCUGAUGCUGGAUGCGUAUCACGAUACGCUCCGAGGCCGCAUGGCGCAAUUGGAACCGGUUGAUGGGACGGCUUUUCCAGAGGAAGUUAAGGUAGAAAAUGAUGGGAUAGGCGAAGAAAAACACAAUGAGGCUUUAGAGGUAAAAUUUUUGGUGGAAACUUUCAGAGAUAAUGAAGGAGCAGAUCCAGUCUCAGAAGCAAGCAGCAAUGAGGAACGGGAAGCAAAUGAAGAAAGGAAAUCGAAGAAACCACCAAGAUUGAAAGCGAGAUCGAAGAUUAAAGCAAUGAUCCGUGAACCAAAGAAACGAGGUCCCAAGAGAAAAGAACGGCCGCCUGCUACCUUGAAGAUGAUUCGACUGCGUACGGAACUGACCCGGAAGUGUUACAUAUGCCCAGCAGAUUUUCCCGACUCAGAAGAUCUGAUGGCCCAUUUGACCGAGGAACACGCCGGCAAGAUCGAAUACACUUGCCAGCAAUGCGACGGGAAGCAACUGAAAACGGUCAAAUCGUACAACGUCCACCUCAGUUUGCACGAUCCGAGCAUCCGACCGCUCCAGUGCCGCUUCUGCUCGCUCCGGUACAGCACUCGCAAGGGUCUGGAAGUGCACGAAAUGCGCGACCACGGGGCGUCCCACAAGCACAAGUUGCAACGGAAAAAGGCACGGGAACACCAGUGCGAGCAUUGUGGGAAAAUCUUCAAAUCGAUCUCCAUCGUGCGGGAACACACGCUGGUAGAGCACGACCAGGGCAUUGCCGCUCAGUGCAAGAUCUGCCAGAAGACGUUCAAGCACAAGAACAACCUGACGCGCCACAUGCUGACCCAUACCGGGGAGCUGCCGCACAAGUGUGACCAGUGUGGCGUGCGGUUCAGGAUUGUCACCGAUCUGACGAAGCACGUCCAGGGCGUCCACCAGGGUAUUAUGCCGUACUUUUGCAACAUCUGCGAUCUGCCGCUGAAAGACAAGAAUUCGUACUACCGGCAUCGGACAGCGGUGCACAAGUCGAUGAAAGAUACUCCUACCACUCGCCGAUACAAAUGCGGCCUGUGCGGUACGUCCUUCGACAUCCAAUCAGACCUUCAGCUGCACGUUGAUAGAAGUCACGAAGGCGAAGACUACCCAUUCAAGCAGUGUGCGGUUUGUCCGGAACGGUUCCACACGGCCAGCCAGCUGCAGUACCACAAGUACACGAAGCACUGUGAGCAGCGAUCGUCCAGGGCAACGAAACUGCAGUGUACGAUCUGUGGCGAACAGCAGCAAACGCGAUGCCAUCUGGACUCGCACAUGACCAGGAUGCACGGGACGGAGAAGAAGUAUGUUUGCAGCGAGUGUGGUAGUCGGUUCACGGUGCAGGCGAAUCUGUCGCGGCACCGGAAAACGCACAACGCGGUCAAGCAGUUUGCCUGUGAGUUCUGUGCCAGGACGUUCAAUCAGAAGGUGGCCCUAGACAAUCACAGGCGGUGCGCUCACACGGGUGAGACGGCGUUUGAGUGCGAGACUUGUGGCAAGGGGUUCAAGGAAACGUCCACGUAUUACAGACACAGGGUGGCUUGUCGGAAGGAACGGCAAGUGGAUGGUGGGGAAACUGUGAACUGAGAAGGUGCAAUCUAUAAAGUCAUGGAAGGGAAAA